GCAGGCGUCGAGGCCUCGGUCUACGCGUCGCGUUUUCUGUAGUCACCACUCACAGCCACCACAGAAUACAUUAUUACAUUGCUGGUAGAUACUUGCCCAGUGCCCAGUUUCAAACCGCCCGUCGCCAGUCGACAGUUCCCACUCGUCAGUACACGUCUGAACGGCUAAUGCUCCGCCCGCGACCAAUGUCAUCGAAGCGACGGUUCCGAGUCAAAUUCAAAUAAAUCUAAACAAAUGGGAUAAAAAGUUGACAUUUUGACAAUUAUAGACUAUUGUGUUAUCGUUGUGAUAUUAGGUCUAUUAAGUUAUUAAGUGCUAAGUUAAUUAAGAUGGAAGAGCAAGCAGAGAGCAAGGAGCGGCUACAGCGGGCGCCCUUCGAGACAGCCCUGCAUCACGCCGGGUACGGCACCUUCCAGUGGCUACUGCUGAUGUCAUGCGGCGCCGUCUACGCCGUAUGCGCACUCAGCACCACCACCCUCAGCUUCGUGCUGCCGGCUGCCGAGUGUGACUUCAACCUGUCCUCCAGCGACAAGGGCCGCCUCACAGCCACUCCACUCAUUGGCAUGUGUGUGGGCUCCUACUUCUGGGGCAACCUGGCCGACGCCCGCGGCCGUCGGAAGGCAAUCAUCGGUGCUCUACUUCUGGAUGCAGUCGCGGCCUUCCUCUCCAGCCUGGUGCAGUCAUUCCCUGCUUUUCUUGCUUGCAGAUUCUUCUCAGGCUUUGGUAUCAUCGGAGCGACUGGGCUAGUCUUUCCAUAUUUUGGUGAUUUCCUCUCAUUACGGCAUCGAGAUGUGAUGCUGUGUAGACUUGAAGUAUUUUGGACAUUUGGCACCAUUUUAUUACCAGGAAUCGCCUGGUUGAUAAUCCAGGACCCUCGGUUCAACAUAACGUCUCCAGGAGCCGGCUUCCAGUACACGUCGUGGCGCGUGUUCGUGGCAUCCUGCGGGAUCCCCAGUUUGCUGGUGGUGCUGCUCCUGGUGCCGUUCCCGGAGAGUCCACGUUACCUGUUGCACGCCGACAAGACGGAACAGGCAUUGGAAGUGCUGCAGAGGAUAUUCGUCGUCAACACCAAGUUGACUGUAAAGGAUUUUCCGGUGGAGUCGAUGAUAAGUGUUGGAGACGGUGAGGAGGAGGAAGUAGUGGCGGCGGACAACAACGGUAAUGAGACGAAGACGCCGCUCACCUGGAAGCAGCGGUGGCAGUCCUUCUGGAAGAGGAAGAAGAUGCUGGUGACGCCGCCCUACAUCGGCCUGCUGGUGCUGUGUUGUUUUGUUGAUUUUGGACUUAUGUUUAGUUAUUACACGCUCAUGAUGUGGUUCCCGGAUCUGUUUGAGAGGUUCAGCCAGUUCUCGUCAUUGUACCCCGAUGUGUCUGCCGGCGUCUGCGAGGUCUCAGCCAACGUCACUAGAAGUGAACUUCUGGGCAAGCAAGUGUGUCCCCAGGUGAUAGAUGACAACGUGUACAUCCACACGCUGAUCGUGGCGCUGAGCUGUAUCCCCACCGCGCUAUGGGUGGGGCUCACCAUCAACAUGCUGGGCAAGAAGCUCAUGAUAGUUAUGAUGCUGAUCAGCUCGGGUCUGGCAGCGCUGGGUCUGAACCUGGUGCGCUCGUCGCUGGAGAACCUGCUGCUCUCGUGUGUGUUCGAGGCGAUCGUCAGCUGCACGGAGGCGGUGCUCUUCUGCGUCAUCUGCGAGAUAUUCCCCACUAAAGUAGCGGCCACAGCAAUGGCGGUGACGGUGACAUGCGGUCGCGUCGGUGCCAUCGUGGGGAAUGUUAUAUUUGGUGCACUCGUGGACCAGCACUGUAUUGUGCCCAUUUACAUGUUCGGAGCUUUACUGAUCACGAGUGGUUUGCUGUGCACGAUACUGCCAAAGAGCACCCGACCGGAGCGACCUCAAUGAUCCUGUUGAUAUAUUAUUACUAUCGUGUAAUACAACUAUUAUUAAUUUAAUGUUAAUAAAUUAACCAUUAUUUUAA